ACUGAGGGGUGAACACACAGGAGAGUCCACCAACACAAAGCCAGUGUAUGAUAGUGUGAGUCUACUUCCAGCAGGUUCUUUAGUUUAGCCCCUCUGCAGCAGUUGUUUCCAUGGCAGCAGGAGUUGGACUGGCCAUGACCACCACAGAGGAAAGGGCGGUGUUCACCCAGCUGAGGCCGGUGAGGAUGGCGGAGGAGGCCGUGUUCGAGGACGUCAAACCCGCGACUCGACUUGAGAUGGACAAAUACCUCCCUCAGGUCAGCAGCCCACUACUGGCUCCCACUCCUGAUGCCAAUGAUAAGAAGUACCGACGGGAGAGUGCGUCUGUGGUCGACGAGUACUUCUCAGAGGACAAACCUGUUGCCCCGUAUAGCCUCAACAUCAACGUCAUCCUUCCCAGCACCACACACCUCCGUACAGGCCUCUACCGGCACAACGCCAAAACUCUCACACCACAGCAGAUCAAGACGGAGCCCGGCCUGGAUGUGCCGUGCUCCAUCCCCAACCCCGCCUCCACCCAGGCCCUGCCGGAGUUCACCUCGGUCUUCAGCGUGCCGCCUGUAGUCAACAACGUCUUCAUCAAACCAGAAAUGAGUCCUGCAGGAGUAGCUGGCGUGACCACGGGGUCCCAGCAGCAGCAGCAAAAUUUGGAAACAGAGCUUCACAUUGGCCCCCCACCCCCCCAGCCACAGGUCUACCACAUGCCUAUCACUAGCGGUGCUGACCUCACCAUGACCCUUUCCCACAACAGUCCAUCAGCACCGGGCGCCACCAGCGGUAGGACCAUGCUAAACCUGGGGAACAUCGCAUUACCGACAUCCAGUGGCAACUACAUGAUCGCAGAGCAGCUGCAGCAGCAUCACAGUUACUACCAGCCUUCUCCGACUCACAACACUCAGCACACAGCCCCCCACAGCCUGCCGCCUUCGCCCCCCAACUCCCAGCCAGGGAGCCCAGACGGCCAGGCAGAGCUGCUCACCUUAGGGCCCCAGCCAGCCCUACCGCAGCCGCCACCUCCAUACCAGCAGCGCAUGGGUGGGGGAAAAGUGUCAGGGUUGUCCCAUCAUGCCUUGCUGAUGACGCACGGCCAAGGCGUCCUCACGGGUCCCAAAUACAACCGACGGAACAACCCGGAGCUGGAGAAGAGGAGGAUCCACUUCUGUGACUACGCUGGUUGCACCAAAGUUUACACAAAGAGCUCUCAUCUGAAGGCACAUCAGCGGACACACACAGGUGAGAAGCCGUACCGCUGUACGUGGGAAAACUGCGACUGGCGUUUCGCCCGCUCAGACGAGCUGACCCGACACUACAGGAAACACACGGGGGCCAAACCCUUCAAGUGCAUCGCCUGCAGCCGCUGCUUCUCCCGCUCCGACCACCUGGCCCUGCACAUGAAACGCCACCAGAAUUAAACCUGAGGACACGCGUACAAACACUGACUCAGUCAUAAAGGACAGACCGCCCGGUUACCACGGCAACAGCAUCAGACAGCACCAAUCAUCUCUGUGCUCCUGCUCCAGAGUCUCUGUGCUCCACACCUCACCUCCUCACCCUCCAGUGUAAUGUCCCUGUUCUCCCUUAACCUCCUAAGACCCACUGUCCACAUUUAUGGACAAGAGUUUCACAACUUUACACAGAAAAAAAAGAAAAGAAAACGGUCCACCACAGAGGACGUUCCAUAAAAAUUUAAAAAACUGCAUCUGAAAAAACUGUUGCAUCAAAAUGUUUCCAAUAUAGGCACAGAUUUAAUUAAAAACAAAAAAGCUUGUACUUUACUGACAUGUCCUGGGUCUGAGGAGGUUCAGGAGGUGGAUGCUGUUAUGUAGUGUGUAUGUAUUAGACAGCAGUGCAUCAUGGGCCGUUAACAGCUUUAAUAUCGCAAAGCUAUCGAGGCAUUUUAAUCCAAAUUGUGGCGAUUAACGUCCACAUUAAUCUGUAGGUGUUUCCUUAACUUGUGUAGCUGUCACAGUACACUGCAAAAAUCUAAAUGUGACCAAGUGUAUUUUUCUCAUUUCUAGUCCAAAUAUCUCAUCACACUUAAAAUCAGACAGAAUCACCUACAGAGGAACUUUACAGUGAAAUAUAA